CUACGGAAACAACAAAGCCAAAUACAAUUGGAAAUCCCACAAGCGUAUCGACACCGUGUACAACAACAAAACGUACAACAACAAAACGUACAACAACAAAACGUACAACAACAACGAGAAUCGUAGCUACCAGCAGGAUAGAAAAGGGUUGA